AUGCAGCUUCCACUGGCUCCCACCAAAACUGGCGACGGCAGCUCGCAAUUCAUUGCCUUUGAGCGUUGUCGGUCACUUGGGGCCUCCCGCCUACGGCCUCGCGCUGCACUCCGAUUGGCCGCUCACCUUCAGAGCUCGCGAUUGGCGCCCGGGGCGGGGGCCUGGCUCUCCCGCGGCUCCUCGAGUGGGCUCCCCGCGGGUGACCCUCCUGUAGAGGAUAGGGGCGUACGGGGGGCCUCCAGGAGCGGCCCCUGGAUCGCAGCCAAAAUUGGAGGCGAUGCUGCUACAACCGUGAAUAACAGCACUCCUGAUUUUGGUUUUGGGGGCCAAAAGAGACAGUUGGAAGAUGGAGAUCAACCGGAGAGCAAGAAACUGGCUUCCCAGGGCGACUCCAUCAGUUCUCAACUUGGACCCAUCCAUCCUCCACCGAGGACUUCGAUGACAGAAGAGUACAGGGUCCCAGAUGGCAUGGUGGGCCUGAUAAUUGGCAGAGGAGGCGAACAAAUUAACAAAAUCCAACAGGAUUCAGGCUGCAAAGUACAGAUCUCUCCAGACAGUGGUGGCCUGCCCGAGCGCAGUGUGUCCUUGACAGGUGCCCCAGAGUCUGUCCAGAAAGCGAAGAUGAUGCUGGAUGACAUUGUGUCUCGGGGCCGUGGAGGCCCCCCAGGACAGUUCCACGACAACGCCAACGGGGGUCAGAAUGGCACCGUGCAGGAGAUCAUGAUUCCUGCAGGGAAGGCCGGCCUGGUCAUUGGCAAAGGCGGGGAGACCAUCAAGCAGCUACAGGAGCGAGCUGGAGUGAAGAUGAUCUUGAUUCAGGAUGGUUCCCAGAACACGAAUGUGGACAAACCUCUCCGGAUUAUCGGGGAUCCUUACAAAGUGCAGCAAGCCUGCGAGAUGGUGAUGGACAUCCUCCGGGAACGUGACCAAGGCGGCUUUGGGGACCGGAACGAGUAUGGCUCUCGGAUUGGCGGGGGCAUUGAUGUGCCGGUACCCAGGCAUUCUGUCGGCGUGGUCAUCGGCCGGAGCGGAGAGAUGAUCAAAAAGAUCCAGAAUGAUGCUGGUGUGCGGAUACAGUUUAAGCAAGAUGACGGGACAGGUCCUGAGAAGAUAGCCCACAUAAUGGGGCCCCCGGACAGGUGCGAGCACGCGGCCCGGAUCAUCAAUGACCUCCUCCAGAGCCUCCGGAGUGGUCCACCGGGCCCUCCAGGAGGUCCUGGCAUGCCCCCGGGAGGCCGGGGCCGAGGAAGAGGCCAGGGCAACUGGGGCCCUCCUGGUGGGGAGAUGACCUUCUCCAUCCCCACCCACAAGUGUGGGCUGGUUAUCGGCCGAGGUGGCGAGAACGUGAAAGCCAUAAACCAGCAGACGGGAGCCUUUGUGGAGAUCUCCCGGCAGCUGCCACCCAAUGGGGAUCCCAACUUCAAACUGUUCAUCAUCCGGGGCUCACCCCAGCAGAUCGACCAUGCCAAGCAGCUUAUUGAGGAGAAGAUCGAGGGUCCUCUCUGCCCAGUUGGACCAGGCCCAGGGGGCCCAGGCCCUGCUGGCCCGAUGGGGCCCUUCAACCCUGGACCCUUCAACCAGGGGCCACCUGGGGCUCCCCCUCAUGCUGGGGGGCCCCCCCCUCACCAGUACCCACCCCAGGGCUGGGGCAACACCUACCCCCAGUGGCAGCCGCCUGCUCCUCAUGACCCAAGCAAAGCAGCUGCGGCAGCCGCAGACCCCAACGCUGCCUGGGCCGCCUACUACUCACACUACUACCAGCAGCCCCCUGGCCCGGUGCCGGGCCCCGCGCCGGCUCCUGCAGCCCCACCUACCCAGGGCGAGCCCCCGCAGCCCCCGCCCACUGGCCAGUCGGACUACACCAAGGCCUGGGAAGAGUAUUACAAGAAAAUUGGCCAGCAGCCCCAGCAGCCUGGAGCACCCCCGCAGCAGGACUACACGAAGGCCUGGGAGGAGUACUACAAGAAGCAGGCACAAGUGGCCACCGGAGGGGGUCCUGGAGCACCCCCAGGCUCCCAGCCAGACUACAGUGCUGCCUGGGCAGAGUAUUACAGACAGCAGGCCGCUUACUACGGACAGACGCCAGGUCCUGGCGGCCCCCAGCCACCUCCCACGCAGCAGGGACAGCAGCAGGCAAGUGGGAACUGCCACCCUCCUCCUCCUCCUUUUUCCUUCCAACCCCCGGCCACCGUCCAUCCUGCCUUAGUGGGUAGCGCCGGAAAUCCCUUUCCCUGCGGGGUGUGCCCUUGAUGCCUGCCGCGGGGUCGUGUGGCCAGAGGUCUCCGGGAGUCCCCACGCGCCGCCGGGGAAGUGCACGCUGGGUCCAGAGGUUGAAGGAAGAGGCCUCCCUCCGCCAGCUGCUUGUUCCUGUGUACCGCUGUCGUGAUGCUGGGGGAGCGCGAGCCACGCAGGCGGGACUCGAACUGCUGGGGAGUCCUGGGGUGGGGCAGCGGACUGCGCGGACGUGGUCACUGUCAAGGCGCCGCUCACUCACAAUCUGGCCACUUGGGAAGAAAACGUCUAUUUUUUUCCCCUUCUCUGCAUCACCUUUUUGGUUUUUGUUCUUAUUCUUUUACUUUUUAAACCCAUGGUCUUUUCUCCCUCGAGUCCAAGUGACUGUUGCAGGCGGCCCAGCUCUGGCGGGGACGAGGGGACCAGGCCAGGGCGCCUGCCAGGCUCGGCCUCCUGCGUGCUUGCCUCGUGUCCCGGUCUUGUCUGUGAAGUGGGCAUGAAGAUCGUUGCCACCUUCCAACCUACCUCACAGGGGUGUUGUGGGGACACCGUGAUCUCUGAAUUGUUGAUGUUGUGAUGCGCCGGGAGCCGCCACCUUCCUGAAGACAGAGGGCACCCCUCCCCCCAGCGCUUCUCCCCUCCUCGCCUGCUUCUCUUCCUGCUGUCUGUCCUCCUCUCUCCUUCUCCAUCAAGGAUCGGUGACUUCAGUGAGUCCCUUGAGCACUUGACUAGGCAGUGACAAACACGUCCUCCAGCCUGAGCCAGCCGCAGGUUUGGGAGGGGGCUUCUUGGCCCCCCCCAGGUGUUCCAGCCUCCUCUCUUCCGCUACCCCCUAGUCUCCCUCCCCCUCCCCGUAGUGACCGAUUCCUAUCUCUUCCCUUUCCGCAGGCUCAAUGAAUCGAAUGAAUGUGAACUUCUUCAUCUGUGAAAAAUCUUUGUUUUUUUCCAUUUUGUUCUGUUUGGGGGCUUUUUUUUUUUUUGGUUUGUUUGUUCGUUUGGCGAGAGAGCGAUGGCUGCCGUGGGGUUCUCGGGGAGCAGCAGGGGUGUGCGGGGCUCUCACUCUCUCGCUCCUUCUGUGUGUCUCAUGCUUUUUCUUUCGAAAUUGGGAUCCUUCAUGUUGAGCCAGCCAUAGAAGAUAGCGAGAACUAAAUCUCUGCCAAAAAAUAAAUUUAAAAAUUAAAAACAAAGAGCAAAACAAAACUUAUAAAAUUAUAUAUAUAUAUAUUUAAAAAAUCUCUAUCCCCCAGCCUCCCCAAACCUGCCUCUCUGAGGAUAAAGCAAUUCAUUUUCUUCCUGCCAUCCUUGGCCCUCUUGUUUUUAAAAUAAACUUUAAAAAAGGAAACAAAAAGUCACUCUUGCUAUUUCUUUUUUUUAGUUAGAGUUGGAACAUUCCUUGGACCAGGUGUUGCUAUUGCAGGACCCCCACCCCUGGCGACCCCCCCUCCUCCUUUCCUCCUUCCACCCUGGCUCAGCUCUCUGCGACCCCGCCCGCCCCCCUCCCAGGACUGGUCUGGUCUGGUCUGUUGUCUUUUCAUCUGUUCAAAAGGAGAUUGAAACUGAAAACAAAAUGAGAACAAAACAAAAAAAAAUUGUAUGGCAGUUUUUACUUUUUAUCGCUCGUUUUUAACUUCACAAAUAAAUGAUGACAAAACCUC